AGAAGGGGGGGUGGCCUUUUGCAUAGACGACAAGGGCUAAUUCUGGCCUCCUAAUCCAAGUCCCAUCCACCCUCCCCCGCGCUCGGUGAGGAGCAAUUGACGCCCAGGUAGACGUAUCUAUCACGUACACACGUCGCACUUAUUCCACUCAAGUUUACAGCAUAAAGGGGGGAAAAGAGACAGGAUCGUUAACCUCAGUGACCUGGACAGCUUCACUGGAGAAUGUAGCUGCAGCCCUACAGCCAAGCAACAGUAAACGUCACCAUGGGAGAAGCUCAAAAGGGCUUACUCUCUGUCAUCGAGAAACUGAAGGGAUCCACAGGUCAGGAGGUCAGAAUAGUGCUGCUGGGGUUGGACAACGCAGGUAAGACCACCCUGCUGAAGAGCCUCGCCUCUGAGGAUGUGAACACCAUCACACCGACGCAGGGCUUCAACGUAAAAAGUGUCGCCUCUCACGGCAUGAAACUCAAUGUUUGGGACAUCGGAGGACAGAGGAAGAUCAGGACCUUCUGGAAAAAGUACCUGGAGAACACAGACGUGUUGAUUUAUGUUAUUGACAGUGCAGACAAAAAGCGCUUUGAGGAGACGGGACUGGAGCUAUCCGAGCUGAUUGACGAGGAGAAUCUGAAGGGUGUUCCAGUACUCAUCUUUGCCAAUAAGCAGGAUCUGGCCACAUCGUCACCAGCCAGUGAGAUCGCUGAGGGACUCAACCUGCACACGUACCGGGACCGCGAGUGGCAGAUCCAGGCCUGCUCGGCCGUGUCUGGGGAGGGAGUUCAGGAUGGCAUGAACUGGAUUUGCAACAACAUUGUGAAUAAAAAGAAGUGAACCAGCGUCCCAGACAACACUGACCCGAGAGUCAGACAGCGACCCAGCAUCACUUAAGGGGUGAAAGAAAAUAUGUCAAUUCACUUAUAAGCAACACACCUCAACUGUUACGCGCCCGUUCCCCUCAAAGAUUUUAAUCAUUUUUUUCUUCAAUUUAUGUCAUUUUUAUGAAUAUUUUGCCAAUUCAAAGACAUUGUUAGGCACCUAUCAAUCAAAAUGAGUGUUUCUGUCCCCUUUUCCCAAGCGAUUAUUGUCUGGUCAAUCUGUGUACUUUCUUAAACACCAAGAAAGUGUGUAGCCGUGUAGGACUGUUGGGGACUAUCAUAUACAUAGACAAGAGCUGUGUG